AUGGCGAACCAACCCACCCACUCCACUUCCCCAUUAUUUCUCUACUUUCUCUCAAUACUGAAUCACAAACAAUACCAUAAUGGUCCUCACCCCCGAACCGACCGCCCAAUAGGGGUGAUCGGCGCCGGCAUCCUAGGCCGACGCAUCGGCUGCACCUUCGUAGCAGCAGGCUACCACGUCAACAUCCAAGACCCAUCACAAGAAUCAUUACAAGAAACCAAAAAAUACAUCACAGCGCACAAGGAAGAGUUCUCGCUGAUGCCGCGCGUCAGCAAGGACAAAGAAGAAGUCAUGGCCGGCGGCGGAAUGGGGCAGGGCCGCGAGACCGAGACGUCCAUCACCAAGAUGGAUCUCGAGAUGUACACGCAGGCGCCCUUUGGCAACUACAAGACCUUCACGGAGGUGGAACCCGCUGUUGCGAAUGCCUGGCUUAUUAUCGAGGCUGUGCCCGAGCGCCUGGAGUUGAAGAUUGAUACGCUGGCUGAGCUGGAUGCCAAGGCGCCCCCCGAUUGUAUUUUGGGCUCGAAUAGCUCGUCGAUUAAGUCGAGUUUGAUGAUUGCCAAGGUCUCGCCUGAGCGCCGGAAGCGCGUGCUUAAUACUCAUUUUACCAUGCCGCCGGCUAUUCGCACGGUGGAGUUGAUGACAGAUGGGGAGACGGAUACGGUGAUUUUUUCUUACUUGGAGGAUGUUUUGGGCGAGUGUGGGUUGUUGCCUGUGACGGCGCGGCGGGAGUCAACUGGGUUCGUCUUCAACCGCCUCUGGGCGGCAGUCAAGCGCGAGAUCCUGCACAUCCUCUCCGACGGAGUCAGCGACCCGAGCGAGAUCGACCUGCUAUGGGAGCACAUGUUCAAGAACGGGCCACUGCCCUGCCAGCUCAUGGACCAGGUCGGGCUGGACACAGUGGCCCUCGUCGAAGAAACCUACAUCCGGGAGCGCGGGCUGGACGGACAAGCGACGGUAGGGUGGCUGCGAAAGGAGUACAUCGAGCAAGGUCGACUCGGGAAGAAAAGCAAGCUGGGCGGCCUCUACCCGCCACUCGUCCGGUCCGCCACGGCCGAAGCAACCCCCAUCAACCCGCACACCUCCGCCAAGGACAUCUACCUGCUGGAUGUCGGGCUGGGCAGCAAUGCGCGCGAUGUGUCGCAGGUGCACUCGAACGGCAAGGUGCUGCGGUGGAACCUCGUCACGCAGAAGCUGUCGCCCGUCGUCGUGGGCCAGAACAUGCCGGAUGGCAUCGACGUGUCGCUGACGGAGCAGCGCAUCUUCUGGACGAAUAUGGGGCGCAGCGUCGCCGCGUACGACGGGUCCGUGUGGUCGGCCAAUAUGGACGGCAGCGAUGUCAAGUGUCUCGUGCCGCGUGGUAAAGUGCGCACCCCGAAGCAGAUCGCCGCCGACGAGCAGCGGUACCAGCUCUAUUUUGCGGACCGUGAGGGGACUAGUCUGCAUCGGUGCGGGUAUGACGGAUCCCACCACGAGAUCAUUGUGCAGCGAUAUACCACACCGGGUUCGAGUCUGCUCGACCAGAUGCGCGAGUGGUGUGUGGGCAUUGCGCUGGACAGCGAGCGGCGCGUGAUGUACUGGACGCAGAAGGGGCCCAGCAAAGCCGGGUGCGGGCGGAUUUUCUGUGCCGGCAUGGAUAUCCCUGAGGGCGAGACGGCCGAGAACCGGUCGGAUAUCACGCUGUUGUUUGAUAAUCUGCCCGAGCCGAUUGAUAUCGAGAUCGACAGCGAGCUGCAGACGCUGUACUGGACGGAUCGCGGUGAACAUCCCAUGGGGUGUACGCUGUGCCGGGCCUAUGUGGGUGGCGAGACGGUGAAUAUGCAGAAGAUCAUUCUUGCGCGGCAUUUCCAUGAGCCGAUUGGUCUGUACUCGGUCUCGAUGGAUGAUGGGGAUAAGACUGAGUUGGUGCGCAAUGAGGGAUGUUUUACGGGGAUUACUUUGGUUUAG